UCAAAGCAAAUUCAUUUAGUUUAACGUGUUAAUCCGACUGUUUAAGAAAAGUGCUAAGGACUAAUAGAUUAUGAAUCCUAUAAGAACCGUUUGUCUUCUCAUAGGCAUAUUUGCCUUUGCUUCCGCCAAUACAUCAUCGGGCAGUGGUCCAUUGAGAUGGCAAGGCAACAGUAACUCCGUAAAGAAAAGUUCGACGAGACCGGCCGAUUGGUUGACAGCAUUAGAAUUGGAAUCAUUGCCCUCUACAACUGAAGUCACCCUGGAAAAGAUAGAAUCAUUGUCGGUGCAAGAAGGUGCCGAUAUGUUAAACAAAAUGUUUUACCUUAGUAUGGCUAGUCAGGCUCUUGAAUCUAAUUAUGUGCCAAAGACUAGUGAGAUUCCAGCCUAUCUUGUUACAGCCGACAAUAAGAAAAUUAAAUUUAAAUUAAGUCAAUUACCCAAAAUUGCCCAAGAAGAUAAGGAAUUCGGCAACCAAGAAGUUACAAUCUUCAUUACCGGUCUACCCGAUACAACUGAAACCGUAAAGAAAGCCAUUCGUAACUUGGUGCAAGCUUAUAUGCAACGUUAUAAUGGUGAGGCUCCCAAACGCAACAGUGUCAAAUACGAAGAUGAUUCUUCCGAAAAGACAAGUCCCAGCUCCAGUGAAGAAGAUGAAUUGAACAGAAAUUCGAAUAAACCUUCAGGCACUUUAGUUGUUAUUGAAUUGGGCAACAUUUUCGAAAACAUGAAACAAUAUGUUUCUUUGGAUGUGGAAAAGACUGGCGCAGAAAUUGGUGAUAUUUUGUUGCAAUUAACGGAUAAGGCUGAUGUUCCUUUCGAAAUCAUUCAUGUUAUUGGUGCUAACAUUGCUGCUCAUGUUGCUGGUGCUGUUGGUCGUCAAUAUACCCGUGAAACUGGCCAUCAAUUGCGUCGUAUUACCGGUUUAGACCCCACCAAUCUCUAUACUAGAAGUGAGAAUGCUUUAAAGGGUUUGGCUCGUGGUGAUGCUGAAUUCGUCGAUGUUAUUCAUACCUCGGCCUAUGGCCUGGGAACUGCUUCUCGUUGUGGUGAUGUUGACUUCUAUCCCAAUGGUCCCAGUGAAGGUGUUCCGGGUGCUAAAAAUCUCAUUGAAGCCUCUAUGCGUUCGAUACGUUAUUUCGCUGAAUCGGUGGUACCCGGUAAUGAGCGUAAUUUCCCUGCUGUUGGUGCCACUUCGCUUCAGCAGUACAAGGAACAGAAUGGUAAUGGUAAACGUGUUUAUAUGGGCAUCAAUACCGACUUUGAUGCUGAAGGCGAUUUUAUACUUCAAGUUAAUUCUAAGAGUCCUUUUGGUCGCAGUACCCCAGCUCAAAAGCAACAAAAUCAUCGUGUCCAUAAGCCCUGGAAAAUGUCGUCUAAGGAUUAUUAA